AUGUCUUGUCUGCUGCUGUCAGAGCCCAUUGUCCUGUGGAAAGGGAGCCUGUGCCAUGUGCUGGACACGUGGGCUCUGGAUGUGUGCUCCAAGGAUCCUGUCCACAUGAGGUUUUGGAGCACAGGCCUGGGGAAUGGCACUGAUGUCCACCCUGACAGGAAGACUGAAUCCCCAGAACCUAACCUCAGGCAGGCAGAGUAUCUAGAGCCCCAGCUGAGCCCGCAGCCCUUCUGGGAAUGCAUCACAGGGCAGCGGGAGCAGCCACUUUCUCCUCAGGUGGACACCACCAAUGCUCACUUCCAUGCGACACAGAGCUGGAGAGUCAGAGAAGCCGACAUGAUGCCCAUAGUGCCCGUGCUGCUCUGCCUCGGUUCCCUCCCCAAACCCAUGCUCUGGGCCAUGCCAGGCUCUGUGAUCGCCCAGGGGAGUUCUGUGAGCAUCUGGUGUCAGGGGACGCUGGGGGCCCAGAAGUACCGUCUGUACAGAGAAGGAGGGUGGAAGACCUCGGAACUAUCAAUCUCACUCGACAAGGCUGAGUUCUUCAUCCCAUUCAUGACAAAAAAUGAUGCAGGCCGAUAUCGCUGUUUCUAUCGCAGCCCCGCUGGCUUGUCACAGCAUAGUGAGCCCCUGGAGCUGGUGGUGACAGGAGUCUACAGCAAGCCCAGCCUCUCAGCCCUGCCCAGCCCUGUGGUAACCUCAGGAGGGAAUGUCACCCUCCAGUGUGGGUCACAGAGAAGAUUUGACCGGUUCAUUCUGACUAAGGAAGGAGGAGACAAGCCUGCCUGGACCCAGAACUCACAACUUCCCAACAGACAUUUCGAGGCCCUGUUCCCCGUGGGCCCCGUGUUUCCUGGGCACACCUGGGCAUUCAGAUGCUAUGGCUCCGACAGGAGAAAUCCCCAAGUGUGGUCCACACCCAGUGACACCCUGGAGCUCCUAGUCUCAGGUGGGAAGACCCUGUCCCUGUCCUCUCUCAAAGAGUCACUCAUGCCUUAA